AUGAAUAGUGAGCUUGUACUAGCAAUGAUCAUCAGUGCCAGAGAGAUCAGAAAAACAAUUCUUAUCCCUAUCACCACCACCCUAGUGGUAAUCCUGACACUUCAAACAACCCCUGAGUAUUUUAUUGACUCUUGCCGCAACAGAUGUGAAGUAAAUAUAGAUGAAUGCAUAUCUGUACCGUGUCUCAACAAUGGAAGUUGUAUUGAUGACAUCAACUCCUUUAAAUGUCACUGUAAGAGUGGUUUCAUUGGAACAAACUGUGAGACAAAUGCUGAUGAAUGUUUGUCAGAGCCUUGUCUUCAUGGAAGUUGCAUAGACCAUAUAGAUGGGUAUCGAUGCACCUGUGAAGCAGGAUGGACCAGUUUCAGAUGCGAGAUCAAUGUUAAUGAAUGUGAGUCUGCUCCCUGCAUAAAUGGAGGAUCCUGUCAAGAUUUGGUCAGUGCAUUUGUUUGUAUUUGCCUGAGUGGAUACACCGGCGCAUUUUGUGAAGUAGAUAUUGAUGUUUGCAGUGAACCUUCACUGAACUCAACCCUCUGCUUCAAUGGAGGCAUAUGUGUUGAUGGGCCGGGAAGAACUUUCUAUUGCAGGUCAGUGGGAAUGUUUAUUUAUAACUGCUUCAGUUAAUAUACAUUGAUCUGUUAAGUUUACUAUGUGGGGAGAUUUUAUUACGUGCUACGUGCAUUACAGUGGAUUUGUUUCCAUUGUAAAGGUUAUGUCAGACAGCAAAUGUUUUAAAAGUAUGAAGGCUGACUAUUCAUACU